UAAAAUCUGUUAGUUGUUGGCAGCGCAGUAAUUCAAACUGCUUUCUGAGGUGUUUUCGAUGUUAAAAUUGAGGCAUGCUGCGGGAUAUAAUAUAUAAGGGAAAGGAAUUAGCUGACAAAGUAACGAAUAUAAUGAUGAAUUACACGGAGGCGGAAAUGAAGGUUCGAGAUGCAACUAAUGAUGAUAUGUGUUGUCCAAGUGGUCGUCUUUUACAAAAGUUGGCAGAUUAUACGUAUACCUAUGAAACAUGCUUGGAAGUCAUGUCAACUUUAUGGAAAAGAAUGCAUCCUGAAGAUAGAUUGAGUUGGCGAAGGGUUUAUAAGAAUGGUUCUGAUUAUGUGUUACAAAGUGCUCAAGAUCAUAUAUACGACAUUCGUACGCUCGAAUCUUUUCGUUAUUUUGAUGAGAAUGGAAAGGAUCAAGGAAUGAAUGUUCGCAUCAGAGUUCAAGAAGUAAUCGACCUCAUACAAGACUCAGAAAAGUUACAGCACGAACGUCAAAAGGCCAAGGCUAGUCGACACAUUUACACAGGUUAUGGAAAUACCAAUGAUUUAGAUUGGGGUUAUUCUUCAUAUAAGAAUGGUGGAGAUUACGGUCAAAGAUCUGAUUCACUUGAUGACUAUGAUAAAGAAACUUACGCAUCCAAAAACUUUACAUUUCAAUCGCGUGCCAAAUCUAGAGUGACAAUAUCCGAACAUAAAUCAGACCUACCCCCGCCUAGGUUGGGUAAUUUUGAUGAUUGGCAUGUGGGUAAAGAACGUGGUGUAAUGGACGAUGUUUUAGAGCAGUUCAAAGAAGCGUGGGAUUUGGCCAAAGAAUCUACUAAGGAUUUAAUUUUCUCCAAAAAUCCUCAAGAUAAUAGAUCAAAUGAGUUCAAUCCACGUAUGGUUUCUGAAGAAGUUUACGAGUUCCCAUCAAAUGCUGUUGAAUCCAGUGGAACAUAUGAAGCGAAAACCCAGUCAUCCUAUGGGGAUUAUUAUGCACAGAAUGAAUUUUCAUCGAAAAAGAUUUCAAGAUCCACUAAAUGUAAUAGUGUUGAUAGUCGUGUUAAUAAUAAUAACGGCGACACACAUGCAUCACAAUCUAAUGAAAAAUCUCUGGGCCAAGUUAUUGUGACACCUAGAAAUCAAAGUACUGAAAAGAAAGACAACAUAAAGCCAAGACCACCAUCCUGUGAUUUGUUAGAUUCAUUUGAUAGUGGUAAUAGUAUCAUUAAAUCAGAUCAAAUGAUAGAUCUGUUUGAUGCAAUAUGCAGUUCACCAACAUCAACUACAACUGGUGUACACUCUCAGCGGCAACAGCCAGCGCAAAUGGGAUUCGAAGUUAAUUGGCCUAGGAAUGUAUUAACACCAUCAGGCGUAUCUUUAAAUACCAAUUCAAUUCAAAAUCAUGCUACUGCACCAUGUCAAAACCCUGAUAAUUUGUUAGAUAAUGAGUUUGGUGAUUUCACUUCAGCACCGUCUGUACAGUUUCCUGCGAAUACUGGUCCAACAGUUUCAUCCCUCGAUGGUAUCUUUUUUUCCAACUUUUCAAAUACUGAGGCUUAUCCAUCCAAUCAAAAUUCUCAUCAAAACAAGCAAACUGAGGAAUUCAAACAACACGUGGUUCAAUCCAAUCCAAUUUCACCAUCCAAAUCUAAACCGCUAAACAUUGGCAAUACAUGGAAAGAGUUAGGAUCAUUAAGUAUUGAUUUAGAUUCAUUAGCGAAACCGGAAAAAUACGGUGCGCGAACACAAGCGCCGAGUCUACAUCAAUUAAAACAAAAUCAACAGCGUGUUCAAUAAUAGAUGAUUUUAGAUGUGUACCGUUUUUCUUGCUGAUUGUUUAAAAAGAAAAAUAAUAGAUAUAAAUAACUGAUAGAAAAUCAUUUAACCACGUUUUGGAAACGAGAUUAUUUUUUAUCCUAAUACUUACGUCUGCGAUGACCAAUGGUAUUGAUGUGGAUAAUGAUGAUUUUUCAUAAAUGUAUUUCAGCUCAAUAAAUUGCUCUGCUCUUUCCUUAUUUCGUUGGUUUUUAUUCCACAUACUUACAUUGUUCUUACUAAUUGACUUACCUUGGAAUGAAAUAGAAACUAGUUCACUUACUUCCGUUAUUUAUUUAUGUGGUUUCAUAAAUUGUGUUUGCUUUAUGUAUAAUUGUGUGUCUGUAUCUAUAUGUAUGAGUGAUGAUCUUGAAUGUACUUGUACGUCAUAUUUGUCUACUUUUCUGUAUGUACAGGGAUUUCUUUUUCUAAGAAAAUAAAUAUUUGUCUUUCAAAUAGUAUUUUCCCAUCAGAACUUAUUUACACUUGAAAAUUCUAAUUCCAUUUAAUGUAAUUGAUUAUUUAAACAGUAAUCACAUUUUACCCCAUUUUAUUUUUACCGUUAUCAUUAUUUCUUAAUUUUUAGUUCAAGCUUCUGUGAUUAUGCAACAGUGAAUGCUAAACGUUUAUUCUUUGUUAAUCUAUUUUCGAAUGUUGCAUAAGAAUACAUGUAUUCGUGAAUAUAUUUAUAGGAAAACGGUUAAAAAAUAAUUUAGUCAUAGGAUAAAUAUUAUUUGAAUACAAUAAUGUGCCUUAUUUAAUUUACUUGUUUACUUGACUUGUCUUCGACUUAUUUUCAACAUAUCUAACUUGUGUUUAUAUUCAAUUAUGAUUUGAUUGAUACUUAUCUAUCAUUACUUGUUGUUUUGUUAUAAAAACGACAUUGUCUAUGUUAUGCUGUGAUUAAUUUGUAUAAUUCGUUUACAUACAGCCACACACACAUAAUGGGUUAUCAAAAUGUUUAUUGUUUUUGCUAUAUUAGUUUGUUUUAACUGAUCCUUUGUAAAAGUAAAAGAAAUAAUAAAUAUUAUUUAGUAAUUGUUAUGUUUAGACCCAUUUAGAAAUUUGAUUAUGCGUGAUAAAUUCAUUGAGGUCUUCCGCCUGUAAAUUGUGGAAACGCUUCCAUAAAUCUCAGCGACCGAACUGAUUCGUAAGUUGUUGCAUGAGAUUUCUCAUUUUUACCGUCCAUGUAGGCCAUCAUGGAUGAUGUCGAUCCUUCUGUGUCACUUGUUUUGUGAUUUUGCUGGUGUUGCUGUCAUUUCAAUCCCCA